AGAGAGAGAGAGACAAGAGAGAUAAGGAAGAGAGAGAGACAAGAGACAUUAGGGUUUAAGAAUGGGUAAAAGAGAGGGUUUUAGAUCUACCACAGAAGCUCCUUAACAUACUUUUAGUUCUAAACAUUUUGAUUUGUCUUCACUAAAGACUUGACUCCAAGAAAAUAAGAAGAAGAAUCAAAGAAGCAAGUUCAAGCACCAACCAGCUUUAUAGCAGUAUCUAUUAUCUCCUACCUCAAAAAGAAAAAUUUUCCAGUGUCUCCUUUAACACCCACAGCAAGUAGUAGCCAGCAGAUGAUUUCCUGAUAAGUUUGAUCUGAUCAUAAGAAGAAGAAGACUAUGGCAACUUAUUACAAAAGUAAUGGCUCAAGUGACAUUUAUUCCAGACCAAAUCUUGCCGAAUUUGUCCCUGGAAACGCAAUGAUCUACACGAAUCCUGUGGUUUCUUACUCAGAGACGUUUCCUGGAGAAGCUAACAAUGUCUCAGCUUCAAAAGAGAUUCAAGUCUUAUCAAGUUUUGGUGGAGCUUCGCAAAUGAUGGAGAUUCAAGAUUCUGGUUCUUGGAGAGAUCAAGAAGACAAUGACAGAAACUCUUUCCCGGUGAUGAUGCGUCCCACCACGGGACAGAGACUGUCCCUUGGCCUCAGCUCGCAGAUUGAGACAACGAGAGGCAAUAACAAUGAGUAUGCAACACAGGUUGUUUCGGGUUUUACUCGAACCAUCCACAACUCAAAGUAUCUCAAAGCUGCUCAACAGCUUCUGGAUGAAGCUGUUAAUGUUAAGAAAGCUCUGAAGCAGUUUCAGCCAGAGGGAGACAAGAUUGAUGAAGAGAAAGAGAAGACUCUUCAAGAAUCUUGCACGAAUCCUGAUAUACCUCAAGGAGAGAGACAAGAACUGCAGAGCAAGUUGUCGAAGCUCUUAUCAAUAUUAGACGAGGUGGAUAGAAAAUACAAGCAGUAUUACCAUCAGAUGCAGAUAGUUGUGUCAUCUUUCGAUGUAAUAGCCGGAUGUGGAGCAGCUAAACCAUACACGGCCCUUGCGCUUCAGACAAUCUCGAGGCAUUUCCGUUGCUUAAGAGAUGCAAUAUCCGGACAAAUAUUGGUGAUAAGGAAAAGUUUAGGAGGAGAACAUGAUGGAUUAGAUGGGAAAGGAGUUGGGAUAAGUAGAUUAAGGAAUGUUGAUCAACAGGUAAGGCAACAAAGAGCGUUGCAGAGGUUAGGCAUGAUGCAACCACACACUUGGCGACCUCAACGUGGUUUACCUGAUUCAUCUGUUUUGAUUCUCCGUGCUUGGCUCUUUGAGCAUUUCCUACACCCUUAUCCAAAAGAUUCAGAUAAGAUCAUGCUAGCUAGACAAACAGGCUUGACCCGAGGCCAGGUGUCGAACUGGUUCAUAAAUGCGCGUGUGCGUCUCUGGAAACCGAUGGUGGAGGAGAUGUACAAGGAGGAAUUCACAGACGCAUUGGAAGAGAAUGGUCCCAACUUGUCCUCCGGAAACACACCGGAAACCAUCGAGGUUCAAGAACAGCAAAUCGAGUCUAGCUCCAAUAACGGGCAAGUGUCUGGUGUGGCAAUGGGACAGAACACGGUGGCCUGUGGUGGUGACCGGUUCAUGAUGGUGCGAAGAAGUGGUAGUGGUGGUGGGAUGUCUUUAACGUUGGGGAUUCAGAACUCCGACGCUCGUGGCGAUGUAUCUAUGUCCGGCGGAAGAGAUAAUUACGAGAAUGCCAUCCCGGGAACUGAUUUCCAGUACUUAAACUCCGCCAACCACCAGCACCGGCUUGGCUCUUCACAGAUGUUGCAUGAUUUUGUAGCUUGAUGAAAGACAAUAGAGUGGUGUAGUAAUAUAUUAUUUUGUGAAAAGAAAACCAGAAAAUGAAUUUGUAGAUUAAAACGAGAAAACAUGAGAAGAUGAUGCAACACAAUUUAAGACUUGAUACAAUUUGUUACUGA